AUGUCUUCUGAAGCAGAUGUGUUCGUUGAACCAGACUACAUAGAACCAGAUACUUCAUCAAAGAAUAAGAAGGAUAAGUCUUCUAGACCUGAAAUCAAUUAUAGUAGUGGUGGUACUACUGCUAUUCCUAGUGGAUCCAUUGAUGCACCAAUUGGGACCGAUGGUGGUAUUGUAGCAGAUACUACACCACUGAACAGGGGUACUCUUGACGAGACAGUCAUGGAGACUAUAACAAGAGAUCUAAUGGAUAUAAACUCAAGAUUGAAGCAAGUUGUAUACCCACAUUUUCCAACUGGAGAUGUCCUUGGCGGUGGAUCUGUUACUGAAGUUGAUAAUAAUGAUAUCAUUUCUAAUAACAGUGAUUUAUGGGCACCAUUAACAUUCAUCAUAUUAUAUUCUUUAUUUGUAUCACAUGCCAAAUCGUUAUUUUCCACUUUAUUCGUUUCAUGCUGGGUUGUACUAUUAGUUAUGGCAUUACAUUUAAGAUUGACCAAACCGUAUCAAACAGGAUCUUUAAUUUCAUAUAUUUCAAUAUCUGGAUAUUGUUUAUUCCCUCAAGUUAUUCAAUCAUUAUUAUUGCAAGUCAUUUUACCAUUAUUUUUAAAAUUAAUAUUAAAGAAUAAACAAAAUUGGCAAGUACGAAUUUUGGGAAUAUUUAAACUAAUUAUCUUAGGAUUAUGCCUCUUAUGGUCGGUUACCUCGAUUUCAUAUGUAACUAAGUCAAAAGGAUUUGUUCAAGUGUAUCCAUUAGCACUAUGUCUAUUUGGGCUAGCAUGGGUCUCCGCAGUGUUAUGA